AUGGCAUCUGCGUUCAUCGGCCUCAGUGUCAAGGUACUCUUGACAACUGGUACGUCUUUAAAAGGACAUGUAGCAGAUGUCGAUCCAAUUACUCAACGCCUCAUGUUGCAAGAUGUUGUGAUUCAAUAUGCUGAAGAAAAUACCGUCAGAGUCAUGAAAUCAUUUAGUGUUGCUGGAGGAGAGAUCAAAGACCUCCAAGUCCUUCCUACACAACCCGAUACCCGCUCAAUGACUGAGGGACCAACUUCCCCCUCACCUUCGCUUUCAUCGACUUCAAUUUCUACAGCCAUCAAUGGUGCAUCUUUUAAAUCACAGUACCCCAAUCAAACGCAUCUUCACCCAGAACAGACGCACGCAACUUUGGUGGCACCCUCGCCUAGACAGUUGCCAGCUCAUCCGCAUCCAAGCACUGUGUCUGUAAGCAGCCCCAAAAGCGGUGGUAGUAUGCCAUUCCAUGAUCCUGCGAUUAUCUCUGCUGGAAGCAGUAUCAGUGGAAUGAUUUACCACGAUCCUGCAAUCAUUUCUGUAAGGGCUACACUUGUUUAA